CUGCAUAGACUUUCUUAUUUGCUUAACAUAUUUAAUCUCUGUAUAUUAUUUACCAUAAUCGAUCUAUUGUUUGUUGCUGGCUGAACGAACACGGGAAAUGAUUUCAUGCAUAUUAAGGCCGGGGAAAUAACCAAUUGAUGCAAUAUGUAGUUUCUGCAAGGUAGGUCCACUGGACAAUGAGGGUAUGUUUGAUAGGAAUAUAAAAUGUACCCGCUUCAGGUCAUCUUCGGACUCACCAGAGAGUUGUUGCAAAGAUUCCUUAACUUGCAGGUGCACGUCCCCAUUCUGACCAUGCAGACAUGGCUGAUAAUUUAUUUCGUACAGUCAAAACUGACAGCCCACUUCAGCAAGGGUUUUAUUACCAGACGGGAGAAUUGAAAUGAUGACCAUACUUCUAUACUACGGUAUAAUUGUUCACCAUCAUUUUUCAGAAGAAAGCUAAACGUCAUAACAAAGCCUUCAUGGUCAAACAUUGCCUCGUUGAUUAGUUUAGCCCAAUUUUUUGUAAUUGUUUUUUUUUUUUUACAAUUUUUCUUUUGUCUUUGAGCUGUGACUUUAACUAGUCUUUGAAAUUAGGACCUUAUUGAAUAAGCUUUUGAAAAGAAUAUCUCAAUCAAAUGGACCAUUUCAUUACAGUCCCUUUUCUAACAGAUAUUUUAUUCUUGUGACUUGCUUUGAAUUGUGUUUUCCAGAUGCCAACUGCAGUUUUCCAAAUGAAAUAAUUGGCAACACAUACGGAGAAAUUGUUUUAAAUCAAAACAGUUAUGUUUUGGGGAUACCAAAUGCGGACCCACAAAAUGGUGCAGUAUUUGCAAUACAAUCAGUUCACGAAGAACAAGUUGAACUUGAAUGCAUUGAACGUGACGGGGACUUUUACAUGUUAAGGGUCUCGGGUCCAUUGAAAGAUGGUCAAUAUUUCUAUUGGUGCUUCAAAAUUAGCGUUAUUUCUAAUGAUUUUAUUGAAGUUGCAUCAUUUACGCUAAAUAGAACAGAUCCAUUUUCACCGCCAGACACACUGUAUUCUAGUGAACCACCUCUCUGUGAUAUAUGCAGACCUGUGAAUGAUAAUGGAAUUCCCAAUCCAUCUGAUGUUGACGUGAGACUUCUUAUUUCCUUUAGUGCUAGACCAAAUAAUGUCACUGUUCCGACCACUAGACCAAUUGUUUGCAACAUUCCAGAUGGUUGUAACAUCCAAGACCCGUCAAUUGAAUUUGCGGGAUGCAAUCCUGUAAUUGAUUCUCCCCUUGAAUCGUUCUGCCGUAAACUCCUCGCGCUUAUAGAUAACAGUGCUAAUGAGGAUGAUAGUGCUAGUCGCAGUCCUAAAUCAGGACAGAAAAAAGGCUAUAGAAAAUAUGGUAGAUAUACAUGUAGUCGUAAAAUAAAGAACAAACGUAAACCAGGACAGAAAAAAGGCUAUAGAAAAUAUGGUAGAUAUACAUGUAGUCGUAAAAUGAAGAACACACGUAAGCAGUGCACAAUAGACGACGACUUACGACAGGAGAUAAAUGAAACUUGUGGACAAUUAACCACUGCGUGAAGAUGAUUAUUGUGACCCCUCGA